AUGUUAGAGUCUGCAUCUUGGUCGACUAUUGUGUCCAAGCCACCACUAUCAAAGCCAGGAAGUGCUAAUCUCAGCAAAAAGAUAAAUACCAUACGAUCGAAAGAAGUGUCAGUGUCAGAUGUCGAGAAUUACGAAAAUGAAGACAAAGAAAUAUCGGAGAUUGGCGAUGGAAACAAAGACAAGUCUACAGAAGAGAAACCUCACGAAGUGCAGACAAAACUCAAGGUGAAGUUUCGGCAGACAUACCGGGACGCGUAUGGCAAAUCUAAUCCGUCAGAUGUAAAGUUUAGAUCAAAGAUCAAGUUUCGGCCGUCAUCAGCACCAGCAAAGAGACCCAUGUCAGCAUUGACGAUACAUCCUUCUCAAAGCAACGACGAUAAGCAUCAACGAUCUUCUGCGUCCAUCUCGAUCGCAUACUUACGCGCUGCAUCUGAGAAGAAGAAAGCGCGCGACCGAGACUUUGCACGACAACUUUCGCGCGAGGAAAGCGACUUCAAAAAGAAAAUUUUGGCUAAGAUUGAACAGGCAAAUAAGUUGACGGCCACUCUUGGUAGCUCCAAGUCAUUCAGUCCUGCUCCUGAUCGAAGUGGUUCCCAUAUGGUCAAAGUUGUUGAUCCCUUAGGAGGAAAUCGCAUGAUCUCCGUCGAAACUUUCUAUAUCCUCUACCGCUUUUUCGAGCAGCUAGCAUCCGUUCCGCUGGGUCACACAAUGCAGCAGCAUGUAUUGAAUAGUAACAAUGGGAACGAUGAAUCACACACUUCUAAACCUGGGACCAAAAGUUCGCUAAAAAAUCGUCGUCUCAGCUCGCGGACUACCCAAUCAAUCGCUCGCCCAUUUAGUGCCUCUCGCGAGUCAGUGCACCCACAACCUGCUAAGGGAAGAUCUGAUGAACGAUCUCAAGUACAGGAAGAACUACGCAGUGUUUUAGAAGGUACUAUUAUGCUCACAAAGAUCCUUCAAGAGCAAAUUCAUGAGCUUAAACUAAAAGGAUGGAAUGUUGCGCCGCGCUCGUGA